AGUAAAAAGUGUAAUCAGUUUAUUUGACGUUAACCAGAUCCAGGUAGCACGAUCUGAAUGUCUACUUUGAUCCUACACACGCCCAACAAAGCCUAAGUAACGACCAUAUCUCCACCUCAUAGCUUGGUGUUGUACAGAACCCAGGAACCGUACCUAGUAGGGAUUAAACAACAUCCCUUCACACGCCCAGUCCCUCUUUGACAAAGAGACAAUCCUAUUAUGACUAGAAUCCGACAUGUCAGAAUCGACCCGAGAUUCGGCUUUGUCCGUUCGACGCAGCUCGUCCCACGGCUUUGUUGGAACAGUAAACCUUCACGCCAAACACCAUACCCUUAGAUGGUCGUACAGUACGCAGAGGCAUGCUCGUGGCGGGGGAGAAUAUCCUAUAUAUAUGGGAGCGCCACUGAAGCUAAACAGUUUUGGUGAUGCACCUCCAUGCUACUUACAGCAGAACAGCAGCACAGACUCGCUGAGACUUAUAUUGCAGUUCUCGUGUUUCGAAAAUUCUUCUUUUCACACUUGGCUGGCGGUUAUUUUGGUUUGUACCUAGGGUAAAAGAUAAUAAUUAAUAGAAAUAAGACAUUUUCUACAAUGCAUAUGCAUAUUAGAAGAAAGUCGAAGCCGGCCAAGGAGCCUGCCAAUGGACAGCUGACAUAUCGUGAUGUCGACAAAUACGGAGAAGGCGAGGUCGUGGCCUACGACCACGAGUACACAGUAUAUACCGAGGGCACCGGCAAAACUGUAGAGCCCGUCCCGUGCUGUGCGGCACUGGACCACAUACACCCUCUAUCCCAACACCCAGUGGGAAGACUGUGGGCUGCGGACAGUUACAAGGGCUGGGUUUCCGAGCCGGAGUUCGGCGAGGAAUCCUCGCCCUUGUCGGGGCACUUCACCGACAGCGAGACUAAAUACCAGCGCAAAACCGUUCGCUUCGCGGACGGAGGCUACCCAGGGGAGGAAAACCCCUGGGCCGAGCUGGUGACGCGAACUGGCGAGGGCGCCAGGGAAUCCCGUCGCCAUCGCGGUCCGGAACAACGAGGACGAAGAGAUGCGAAUCAGACCCUGGAUCAAGCUAUGCGUAAUCUGGAGCAGGACACACGGCCCCUGCAUAUAAACUCUACUUUGGAUCAGGCGAUGCACGAUCUGGAGCAGGAUACGCGGCAUCUGAAUAUGUCGGCUCGACACCACCACGAACGCCGCCGCCACCACCAGUCGCACGAGGCGUUCGAAGAAAGCCGUGAAGCCCGACGGUCGAAAUACCGGGAUGAUGAGAAAUCACACUACCAGUACCGACACCCGCAGUCUCGCGACCCGGAAGAAGGUCGAGGCGUCGAAAUACCCUCGCCGAGGAAAGAAGAAGUUGUAGACCACUUGAAAUACAGGUUUGAGCCGAACCGCGCGGUCUCUCGGGCCCCUCCUCCCCAGUCUCCUCGCGAGCCAGUGCCUCAUUCUCCGAAGUCCCCGCGAUACCUACAUCAAAGCCAGCACCAAAGCCAGCACCGGUCACUGCACAUCCCCUCUCGGGGCCAUCACGAGCCAACGCCCAAAUCACCAGCAUCACCGCGGCACCCGAGCCAGAGUAAUCAGCGUCACGAGCUCCAAAGCAAAUACCGCGACCCCCUCCCCUCGCCAAGACGCCCCACGGUGCCCGCCUCGCUGGCCCAGAAGCCGAUAUCGAGGGAUGCCUUCAACGCGACGCUCCGCAUGAUCAACGCCAGCUCCGCACUGCCGUCGCACGAAGACCUCACCGGCGACGAGAUCAGCUCGACGAUCGUCGAGGCGCACAGUCAUCACCGCCCUCAUUACAAUCAUCACCGCCCGUAUAUGGCGCAUAUACCAGAGCCAUAUGGUGGUGGGAGGGAGAGGAAGGAGUUGACUUUUGUUGAGUUCUUGAAGGCGAAGGGGGGGCGAUAUGAGGAGGAAAACUACCGGUAGGCUGGUAACAGGCUAGCCGGCGGUCGGGAAAUGGAAAGGGGGCAUUAUGCUACCUAGGCGCUGGCGUCUUACUAGGUGCUGGCGUUUUUUAAAGGGGGAAAAAGUUUGGCGGGGGUUUUUUUUGGUUGAUUCCUUCUGGUAAGAGCGAGAGAGAAAGAUAUGUUUUGAAAGAAAUGGUGAAAGUGAUGAACUAUCAAUGUAGUGUGCUUGCUUGUUGUUUACUACCUACUUAGGUAGGUAUGUUUGUUAGGUAUGCUUGAUAGUUGUUUAGUAAAUAAAAUCAGUAAGAGUUGAAUCUUGAAUCUUUGGUUGAAUGUGCUUGUCUGGGUUAAAGUGAAGUAUUGGGUUAGUAAUAGAUACCUAUACCUAUCAUAUGGUCUAUAGUGAGGCUAUUCGCCACGUGGAGUUAGUUGUUCGACAUUGUGCUAAACCAACGUGUUAGGCCCGCGUAGGUACUUAGCUAGUCAGGCUGGCAUCACUUUCAUAACGAACCU